AUGCUGUGCUGUACCUCAAGGUAAGAUAGUCACUGUGAUAACUGCAAUGAAAUAUGACAGUAAAUAGUAGCUAGUAAAACGUAUUAUGUUUUGACAUGUUUAGCGGUUUUGUGUUUGCUCACUACAAUUAAAACAUUUCUAGAGUGCACAAUUUGCACGUGUUUAUUUUUCCAAGUCAAAUGAAAUGUAAGCUGAAAAAUGCAGAUAGUGUUUUCUGCUUGAAAAUAAAGCGUCCAACAUUGAAAAGAACAAGAAAGCAUUCCAUUACAGAACACAACAUGUUGUUGUUUCCUGUUUCAGGAUUCGUUCAGCGGGCGUUUCGACCAGCAGCAGUCAUUUGUUGGCCUGCUGACAGACGUCCACAUGUGGGACUACAUGCUGUCUCCCUGUGAGAUCCAGAGGUGCACCAACCAGAUUAACUUCACCCCGGCGACAUGCUCAACUGGAAGGCCUUGGACUUCCAGACUACAAGCAGAACAGGCAGUCAGACUGUAACCAUUAUCACUCAAACAAAUAAUAAUCAAGUAUCUAUUAUGCUAUCUGGUAACUUUCCAUAAUUGUGUAAAUUGAAAAGGCCACAUCACUAUAUGUCUUUCAGCUUUGCUGACAGUAUACCAUAAGAAACUGACAAUGUAAAUAAACAGUGAGUUUACAGUACGUACUGUGUCGGUUGCGUGAUUUUGCUGUCAGUGGUUCUAUUAUACUAGGAUAAAUAUAACCUUGUUUCGGAUGUCAGGGCUGCUCUAAGGCGUGAAAUUAAACAUUAGUGCUGAGGCAGGAUGUAAGCCAGUGUGUUUCACAGUAUUACUGGUGUUAUUACAACUUAAUGCCUUCCUGAUGAUAUGCACUGAUAUCUCAUUUUGUAGAUCAGCGUUCACCAAUGCCCUACACACACACACACACACACAGAGAGAGAGAGAGAAAUCAGAACCAUUGACAGCCACAUCAUAUUUAGCUUACUUUGAUUGGACUAAAUUGUUUUUGGUAUCUUUUAGUUGUCACUGUUUUAGACUAAGCAGAGGUGAUUUGAUGAUGUUGAAACGUUGAAGUUGAAAUGGUGCUGGAAUAGUGGAGGCAGCUCCUGUUUUCUUUGCAACUUGCGGUAACUCUCUGUGGUUCUAAAUCAAUAGUAGUUUAGUAAUCCAAAAAUAUCGGAAACAUUAACUUACUUGACCAUGCUUUAGGCCACGUAACUGUUUGUUACAUAUGCUUUGUGGACUUCACCAGACAGAGGUUGCUCUCCGGUUUUGUGAUGAAACAAAGGUGUGGUUGAAUUUAUUCUGCCACUGUGUCAUCUUAUUGUCUCGGCCUCAGGCCUAUAUAUCACGGUCGCAAGGCAUAUGACCUAACAGGUUAGAGAACAAACAACACAAAUAUUACAACACAUACAGUGGGGAGAACAAGUAUUUGAUACACUGCUGAUUUUGCAGGUUUUACUACUUACAAAGCAUGUAGUGGUCUGUAAUUUUUAUCAUAGGUACACUUCAACUGUGAGAGACGGAAUCUAAAACAAAAAUCAAGAAAAUCACAUGGUUUGAUUUUUAAAUAAUUAAUUUGCAUUUUAUUGCAUGACAUAAGUAUUUGAUCACCUACCAACCAGUAAGAAUUCCGGCUCUCACAGACCUGUUAGUUUUUCUUUAAGAAGCCCUCCUGUUCUCCACUCAUUACCUGUGUUAACUGCACCUGUUUGAACUCGUUACCUGUAUAAAAGACACCUGUCCACACACUCAAUCAAACAGACUCCAACCUCUACACAAUGGCCAAGACCAGAGAGCUGUGUAAGGACAUCAGGGAUAAAAUUGUAGACCUGCACAAGGCUGGGAUGGGCUACAGGACAAUAGGCAAGCAGCUUGGUGAGAAGGCAACAACUGUUGGCGCAAUUAUUAUAAAAUGGAAGAAGUUCAAGAUGACGGUCAAUCACCCUCGGUCUGGGGCUCCAUGCAAGAUCUCACCUCGUGGGGCAUCAAUGAUCAUGAGGAAGGUGAGGGAUCAGCCCAGAACUACACGGCAGGACCUGGUCAAUGACCUGAAGAGAGCUGGGACCACAGUCUCAAAGAAAAUCAUUAGUAACACACUACGCCGUCAUGGAUUAAAAUCCUGCAGCGCACGCAAGGUCCCCCUGCUCAAGCCAGAGCAUGUCCAGGCCCGUCUGAAGUUUGCCAAUGACCAUCUGGGUGAUCCAGAGGAGGAAUGGGAGAAGGUCAUGUGGUCUGAUGAGACAAAAAUAGAGCUUUUUGUUCUAAACUCCACUCGCCGUGUUAGGAGGAAGAAGAAGGAUGAGUACAACCCCAGGAACACCAUCCCAACCGUGAAGAAUGGAGGUGGAAACAUAAUUCUUUGGGGAUGCUUUUCUGCAAAGGGGAGAGGACGACUGCACCGUAUUGAGGGGAGGAUGGAUGGGGCCAUGUAUCGCGAGAUCUUGGCCAACAACCUCCUUCCCUCAGUAAGAGCAUUGAAGAUGGGUCGUGGCUGGGUCUUCCAGCAUGACAACGACCCGAAACACACAGCCAGGGCAACUAAGGAGUGGCUCCGUAAGAAGCAUCUCAAGGUCCUGGAGUGGACUAGCCAGUCUCCAGACCUGAACCCAAUAGAAAAUCUUUGGAGGGAGCUGAAAGUCCGUAUUGCCCAGCGACAGCCCCGAAACCUGAAGGAUCUGGAGAAGGUCUGUAUGGAGGAGUGGGCCAAAAUCUCUGCUGCAGUGUGUGCAAACCUGGUCAAGAACUACAGGAAACUUAUGAUCUCUGUAAUUGCAAACAAAGGUUUCUGUAGCAAAUAUUAAGUUCUGCUUUUCUGAUGUAUCAAAUAAUUAUGUCAUGCAAUAAAAUGCAAAUGAAUUACUUAAAAAUCAUACAAUGUGAUUUUCUGGAUUUUUGUUUUAGAUUCCGUCUCUCACAGUUGAAGUGUACCUAUAAUAAAAAUUACAGACCUCUACAUGCUUUGUAAGUAGGAAAACCUGCAAAAUCGGCAGUGUAUCAAAUACUUGUUCUCCCCACUGUAGGUUGUAAUAUGGCUUUUUUUCUGGCUUAGCUUCCCCAGUGAUUUUACCCAUGCAGUUACUGGUUUACUGUAAACUAAGCCCAGUCUAAAGCUUGGGUUCACUAAUUCUACUGUGCUCUGACACCAAUUCAAGCAUUUAGAUUUUUCUUGCCUUGAUGAAACCAGUGUUUCAAGCCACAUUUAACCUGCUGUAUUUGGGAAACACUGUUCAUGGUGAUGUGACACAUUUCUUCUGGUAUUUCACAUUCUGUGCUUUGUGGAGUUACAAGCUUAUUGUUGCACACAAUGGAAGGUUGUCACAUCUUUGAGCAAAAGCCAUCUGAGGUAAGGCAGCUUAUGAAGACGGUAGUAUUACAACAAACCAAAGUGCAGCUGCUGUUGUGUUAUUGUCCUGAACUGUGAAAGGACCUGUGCUUGUGUGAACCCAGAAAGACCACAGUGAUCUGGCAUCUCUCCCGGUCUGGUAUUCCACUAUUAUGUAAUUCCCUGCUUCCCAGAAACCACUGACCUCUCCUCAGAGACACUACAGAGUGAGUGCCAUGGGCUUUCCUGCACACACACACACACACACACACACACACACACACACACACACAAAUGCACAAGCAAAAACACACCCUUCCUCUUCGAACAGAGUUUCCAGCUUGGCAGAGAGACUACUUCCUUCCCUCCUCCCUCCAGGAGCGUGCCCAGACAUAAAUAGACAGUCAGUAGUGUCUCAGUCAGACAUUCAUCUUGAUAACUCAGAGGAGCUGCUCCAACUCUGAAGAUUAUUGUUUUGGGACAUGUAAUGCAGAGAACAUUUCAUUGCAGGAGUUCAACUACAGUAAGCUGUCCUAGCAUUGAUUGACAGUGCUCUGUCUGGACUGUAAGACUCCGUCUAGAGGAGGUGUCUGCUGAAAAACUUUGCGAAGUGAAAGGGACGUUCAUGCUGUGAGCUCCAUUUAUGUGGCUGUGCUUUUUCUGUAAUUGCAACUUCAGGAAGGUAUUUUAAACUCUUUGGUCUUUCUGACACUUUCUGUUGACUCUACCUACGACUCAAGGAGAUCUUUGCCUGUCUCUGUUCAGGCAUGACGGGUCAGGAGAGGAGUGAGAAGAGUGAGUGUGUGUCCCUGUCACUGAUGAGGGAGGCUGUCCCUGCCCCACCUGAGUAUGAGAGGGUGUGUGUGUUUGGGACGGGGGACAUGGGGCGCUCUCUGGGCCUGCGUCUGCUGCAGGCGGGGUAUGGGUUGGUGUUCGGCAGCGGACGGCCCCACAGCAGCAGCCUCCUACCACACGGAGCACAGGUACAAAAUAAAGUAGAUCUGGUUUCAUAUGAUAAUAUGUUAAAUGUGGAUAUGUGUUUUUACUGAGUUGUAAAUGUAUUUGAAUAUGUUUGUUUAUGUUUGAAGGAGUAUAUGUGAAUAUACUGUAUGUGUGUUUAUGUGUGUAUCAAUAUGUUGAUGAUGUAUAUGCAGGUCCUGGGCCAUGCUGCAGCUGCCCAGUCAGCCCGUCUGAUCUUCAUCGCUGUCCAGAGAGAACACUACGACUUCCUGGUACCACUGGCCAAUCAGCUAAAGGGGAAGGUAGCAUAUAUAUUUUAUUACUUCUGCUAUAUGUAUGAAUGUCUGCUUUGUCAAUAUGUAACUGUAUAGUUGAAUUGCAGGUGUUGGUGGACCUCAGUAAUAACCUGAGGAAGAAUCAGUACCCAGAGGCCAAUGCGGAGUACCUGCAAAGGUGAGAACUAUACAGUGUGUUGUUGUUAUUAUGUGUAUGUUUUUUUGUUAAUUAGAAAUGUUUUUAUAUGUUGAUGUAUAUCUACAGUAUGUGUAUGUUGCUGUACUGUAAAUGUGGUUAUAUGUACCUGAGCAGUCUGGUCCCUGGAGCUGAGGUGGUUAAAGGAUUCAACACCCUGUCUGCCUGGGCUUUGCAGAAUGGACCUUCAGAUGCCAACAGACAG